AACAAAUACAUGAAACGUGAUACCGAGGGGACUCUUAAAUUGAUUUAAUUCAUUCAGGCGACUUCAUACAAUUGUCUCUCUUUUUCCUUACGCGCAACGGUGGUGGCGGCGAUACUCAGCGGCAGGCCGAUCGUAUCCAACCACCACGAGACAUCACCACCUACACACCACAACCAUGGCGCCGCAAGAAUGGGAUCCUCUACUGCCAAAUGCUAGUCGCCAGACGGGUCGCAACUAUACUGGUAUACUAACAAAGACGAUUGUCUAUGGCAUUACUCUAGUUUUGUUCUUGAUCGCCUACGCAUUCACUAUUUCCUCGAUACUUUUGCCCAGUUGGGUCAGUUAUAAUAGCGAGAAGCCUCCACUACAUUACUCCUACGGUCUCCACCGUCGGUGCUCCUCCCUAACCGAUAUCUGCGAACCAUUUCCACAAUACGAAGACUGCCAUGGUGAAAAUCGCUAUUUCUGCUCCAUGUGGCGCAGUGUCGGGUUUCUCAUGACCUUUGCUGUUGUCCUGAUGUCGCUCGCAAUAGUCGCAUAUAUCAUUAUUCUUUCUGGAGGGAAAAGGUUGCGCGAGACCGGCUGGGGGGUCCUGAGUACAAUUAUUAUACUGUCUGUUGCGGUGCAGGUGGCUAGUAUGGCUUUGAUUGCUUAUCUCUUCGAUAACGAUGAACGAUUCUUUGUCGGUUGGCAACUGGAUAAAUCAUUUGCUUUCUGCACUGUCAGCUGGUGCAUCUCGCUUUUCUGUGCUGCUGCUGUCGUCGUCGCGGCACGUACAUUACCCCCUGAGGGGGGCUAUGAGCUCAUUCCAGGGUAUGGAAAUGAUACUGAGGAGGUGCAAUAAUCGAGUAUCACGGAUACAUCAUAUCGGAUUGUCGGCAAAAUUCUCACUCGUUGCUGUCGUUGAUUCCUCCUUGAUCAUUCCCUGUCCACCCGUUACAUCCUUCUAUUCCCCGAAAAACGAUAUAGAUAUCGAUAUGAAAGGAUCCUAUAUUUUCCAGCCUUGUUAAGCUUGUAUUUCAGCACGUUACAGCUACUUCGUUGCAUUUUCGUUCCGGUUCGAUUCUGGCGUCCACAUUGUUUUCCAUGUUUUACUACGGCUUCGUCGUGUUUUGUUCGAGUCGUGUCCUUGUCUCUUUAUAUUUCAAGUACAUAAUUAAAUAAUACAGUAGAAACUGGCUAUAACGAACAGGAGGCCUCCCUGAGCUCAAGUCAAUAUAUCCAGAAGUGAGUUUGAUUUAAGGAUGAAGGGCACCU